AUGCCAACAAGAAAGAUUGUCCUUUCACGAAGUCGAAGUGAGAAUGUAUUUCGAAUGUCACAAGUGAGAGGAGAAGACAAAAGAGCUGAAUUAACAAAAAAGUCAUUAUCAGAUUGGUUAAAAGCUAAUUCUAUUAUGAUAGGACAAAUGUUAAAUUCAAAUAUAGCAAAUAAACAAGUAUAUGAAGCAGCAAUUCUUACAGUUAGUUUUAUGUCAGAAAUUAAAGUAUUAAAAGAAGGAUUGAUGUUAGAAUUAUUGAAAAACACAAUAGAUAAAGAUUGUUUUAUUCAAGUUGGAGAGCUUUUAAUAGCGGCAGCACCAUUUAUGCAAAAUGAAGAAGCAGAGAAUAUAUUUAAAGUAGUGAGUAAAUGGAAAGGACAUGUAGAAACAUUAGUUCCAUUAUUAGCACGAUUUGUUAGUAUUUCAGCUAAAAUAGGAUUAAAAUAUGCAGCCAAAGAAAGAACAAUAGGAGUUGUUCAAAGAUGGAUUCAAGGAUGUAAUAAUCCAAAAGAAAGUAAUUAUUGGAUGAAAGAAAUUCAUGAAAUACUUAAAUUAUUAACACCUCAUGCAUUAGAAGAUAUGAUGAAUGAAAUGAUGAAAGAAUUAAUAAAAGGAGAGAAAGAGCCAAUAAUUCAAAUAAAAUUAUUAACAAGUGCAUUAAGUGUAAGAGGAGAUGGGACAGGAAUAGAUAGAGAUUUUAUUGGAAUGAAAAAAGUAAUUGGAUAUUUAGAAGAAAUAACAAUAGAAAAUAGGGAAGGACCAAUGGUAAAUGCAGUAUUAGAAUAUAUUAGAAUGUAUGUUGAAAGUACUCACUUAUCAAUUCCAGCACAAUUAUUAUUACAACUAUGUAUUAUAAUGACAGAUUCACUUGAUAUGGCAGAUACAUUAUUUAGAUGGUUAAAUGAAACAGUUGUAAAAGAAAGAAAAACACCAGCACAUGAUGUAAUAGUAAUGUUAAUGAAAUUUAUUGAAGGACAUAUUUCAUCAGUAGAUUCAGAAAGUGGAAUGAUUUGUUUACAAAGAGUAUUAGUUCAUUAUAACCAAACAGUGUGUAAAUCAAUAAUUGUUGUUGAUAAUAAAAUAGAAGUAAUAGAUAAAUCAGGAAAUGGGUUAUAUGGAAUUCAUUUAUUAUGGGAAGUUGCAAUGGCAAAUAAAAGGUUAUAUACUCCAAUAGUUAAUUUUAUGGCAAAAUUCUUUUGUAAUGUACCUUCAACAUUAUGUUCAUAUAUUGUUGAUACUUUUACAACAUUAUGUACAUCAACUGAUACAAAUUAUUUAGUUAAAACACUUAUUUUAUUUAUUGAAAAAACUAGUGAAUUAAUAAGAGACCAACCAGAAAAGAAUAUAGUUAAUGUUUAUUUAGAAGAAGUUAAUGACGAGUCAUGGAGGUGUGAUAAAUUUAAAAUAAAUGUUCAAGUAAUAAAUAAUAAAAUAGAUGAAAAUAUGAAAGAUUUAUUAGAAGAACAACAAAUUACAUUAGAAAAUUUUGAAAGAACAAACAAAAUUGUAUUUUUAACAAAAGUUGGAAUUGAAAAUGUAGGAAGAAUGAAAAUUGUAUUAUCAAAAAAAAUGAAAUCAUUAAUAAAUGAAAUUAGAAUAAAAGUACCUAAAUCAUUUGAUUUUGUUCAAUCCAUUGAUGAAGAAGAGUUAGCAGGAAGAAUUAAAAUAAUUUGUAAAGACGUUGAAUUAACUGAUGGAAAAAGUGUUAUUGGAAAAGAUGUUAUUAUUAAAUUUGGAGAAUAUCAACCAGUCAUUUAUAGUGAAUAUUAUGAAGAAGUUAUUAAACGAGUAAGAUGUAUUGAUAAAAAUUUAGUUGAAAGAUUAACUGAAGUUAUUAGAUCAAAUAAUGAAAAUGUAGCAUUUUCAGGAUGGCAGUUAUUAGAAGCGUUAUUUGAUUUUAUUGCAGAAGGAAGUGAAAUUGAUACAUCACUAAAUGGUUUAUGUGAAAAUAAAAUUGAUGGAAGUUUAUUACCAUCAUUAGCAUUUGUUGUGAAAUGUUUAGCAGAAGAACGAGAAUCAGUAGAAAUGACAGUAGAAAGAUAUUUUUGGAAAUUAUUAAAUGUGACAUGUCAAAUGAUUCAAGAAAGUAAUGUUGAAUCUUCAACAAUUAGAGGAGUUAUUAUUGAACAAUUAUGUCAUAUUAUUUGGCACACUCUUUUAAAACAAAGUGAAUAUAGAUGGUGUAGUGAAAUGCAAAGACAAUUAAAUAUUAAAUUAUUAGAAUUUUGUAAAGAUCAAUUACUUCAAUGGCAACAAAAAAAUGAAACAAAUGAUACAACACAUUAUUAUACUUAUUGUCUACUUCAUUUCUUUUUAUAUAUUGGAAUGAUAUUUUGUAAUUAUAAUUAUUUUAAUGAAUGUUUCUUUAAAAGUUGUGUUUCAGCAAAAUCAAAAGAAGAUGUUAUUAAUAUUUAUUGUAUUCUUGAUUGGUUUAUUGAAAAUGAUCAACAAAAGAAAAAAGUUAUUGGACUAUGCGAGUAUUGUUUUUCUCAAAAUAUUUCUUCAUUACCAAUUCAUUAUGGAUAUUAUAAAUUAUUAUCUGAAUUAGUUUUAAGAUAUAAAAAAAAUGGUGGUAAUUCUGAGUUGUUUAAUUCUUUAUGUAAAUCAUUUAUUGAACAAUUUAUGCUAUUUAUUAAUCCAUUAAUUAAUAACAAUAUUCAAUUAAAUGGUUUAUUGACAUUAUGUAUUUCUAUUGCAAAAGUAUAUCCUGAGUUAUUUCAAGAAUAUAAUAUAUUUAUUAAAUUUAUUCCAUUUAUUAAUGCUUAUUUAUUCCCAUUAACCACUGAUAUUGAAACUUUAAAUCAUUUUCCUCGUUGUAAAAGUAUUGAAUCCCGAAGAUUAUGUUAUGAUUUAAUUAUUGAAUUAACACAAAACGAAAGCAUUAUAAGUUCAUUAAUAACUCAUAUUUCACGUUAUUUUUCAUUACAUACUCGACAAAAAUUAUUAGUUAUUCCUCCUUUACUUACAGGAAAUAUUAACAUUUUAUUUGUUAUGUAUCAGUUAGCAAGUGUUCUUUCAUCAACAUUUAUGGUAAAAAUAUUUCAAUCAACAGAGUUAAAUAUGAAAAUUAUUAAAGAAAUACAAACAAUUAUUACUUAUAUUCAAAAUAUUCCAGAACAAACAGUUGAUACUUCAUCAUUAGAAUUAAUGCUAAACGAAAAAGGGGAAGAAUGUAAAGAACCAUUUACAAUAAUUAAUACAAUUAUAUCAAUAUUAAAAGAAAGUGAAUAUGAAGAAGAAAUAGAACUUUUUAAAGGAGAAAUAAAAACAUUAAUAGAAACUAUAAAAAAUAAAACAAGUUCAAUAUUAUUUGUAGAAGUAUCAGAAGUAGAAGAAAUAAAUGAUACAAUGACAAUAACAAAAAUCGAAUGUAAUAAUAAAAAAGGAUAUGAAUACCAAUUAUUUGGAGUUAUUGGAGAAUAUUCACAAUUUAAAAUAGGAAAUUCAUGGUUUUCAUAUAAAUUAGGAGAAAUAAAAAAAAUAGGAACAGUAAGUAUUAAAAAACAUAUAUCAACAAUUUAUAUUUAUAAACAAUGUUCAAAAGAAAUUGACCAUAUUAAAAGAGUAACAUUUACAUUUAAAAAUGAAGUAAUUUUAUUUGAAGAACCAUUUCAAAAAUUUAUUUAUGUUAUUGCAAUUCAAGCAUCACGUUAUUUACCAAUUCAAACUUUAAGAUUUAUUUUCUUUUAUUUUGAUGUUGUUUAUCUUAGAUUACCAAGACAACCUUUAACAAGUAAAUGGAAUAUUUUAUUACAUGAAUUAUAUGAUAAAACUAAAGAUAAUAAUUGGAUUAUUAAACAUUUUGAUGACGUUAAUGUAUUAGAUGCUUAUUCACGUUGUAGAAGUCCAGAAAUAAGAAGUGCAAUUUUUGAUAUUCUUCAUCAAAUAAUAGAACAUUCAUUUAACCAAUCUAAAAAUUAUGGAAAUGAAAAAGACCUUGUUAUUGCACGAGUGGAUUGUUCAAUUUAUCCUCAAUUAUGUGAACAACAAAAAGCAACAAUGUUACCACAAUUUGAAAUGUUUACAUUUAAUAACAAAUCACCUUUUUGGGUUUAUCCAGAAAGAAGUGUUGAAGGUUUAAUUAAAUUUAUUAAUGAAAGAUUUCAUAAGAAUAGAGACAUUGAUGGAUUAAAACCUUCAGACUUUGGUACUUGGAGAGAAUUUGAUGAAGUUGCAAAGGGUUAUCUUCAUUCAAAUGAUAAAGAAAAAAGAAAAACAAAAUGUGGUGAAUUUAUUUUAGGUUCUGUUUAUAUUGACAUUAUGAAAAAAAUUGAUCAAUUAAAUUCUGACGAUUUUAUUCCUUCUGAAAUUUCUCAAUUAGAAUUUAAAUUAAGAAAUCAACUUCCUUAUUUGUCUCCAAAAGAAAUUGAUGAUUUACAAAGAAGAAUUAAUGUUUUAAAGAAGUUCAUUUAUUAA